AUAAGCAUGCUACAAAAUCUCGACCAUCUUAUCUCUUACAAUGUUACCUACCUAACUAAGUUCGAUGUAAUCAUAUCAUGUGUUUUUCGUAUGUACGUUGCUCACGCGUUAGAAAACCCGUGACUAACACACGGGAUUCUGCAGGUAAAAAGCAUGAAUUGGUAAAUUAAACCACUAAUGAUGGGGUACCCGGUGAGAUAACAAAAUCAUCGCAAUUUUAAUUCAAAUUUGUUCACAUAACUAUAAAGCUUUAACACAUUCGACCGAAUACCGCGGUUCAUUAGCAAAUUCAUCGUUUGACGUAGACUCAUUUUCAAAUCCGAUCAUCGGCGAGGAUACACGCGGAUUUUAUGUGAAUUUUAAUUUUUUUUUUUCAUAAAACUACCUAACUAUAAAUCUAUUCGACGUCAAAAAAACAAAUCACCGUGUUAGCAACCAUAAUAAUUCACCAGUUGGAAACAAUAGUAUAGUGUAAUUAUUUGUACGAAACACCUAGCAUUCCUAUUUACACGGGCAUUAAGGUGAAAAAAAUUGAUAAAAAUUACCCACACUACUUUUUUAACUAACGCAUGGUUUAAUAUCAACUGCAAAAUUUUCCAACCGUGUCCGCGUCUUUUGAAAAAAUCGCGCAAAUGUCUUUUCGAGUUUUAGUGUAUCGGUUAUUCGUAUUUUUUGUCGUAUAUUUGUCGUCUCCGAGAUGGAUAGCUUCCUCCGAUGUAUCGAAAAAGCCACAUAUUAUUCUUAUCACCGCAGAUGAUAUGGGAUGGAACGAUGUCAGUUUCCACGGAUCAAACGUAAUUAAAACGCCCAACAUAGAUGCAUUAGCCUACCAUGGUGUCAUCUUAAACGACUUUCACACCUCAUCGCUAUGUACACCUUCCAGAUCAGCUCUUAUGACCGGAGAAUACCCAAUACACACAGGUACUCAACAUUCAGUCAUACUAGAAGCUGAACCUACUGGUUUACCAUUAGAUAGGAAAAUACUUCCAGAAUUUAUGAAAGAUGCCGGCUACAGCACACAUUUGAUUGGAAAAUGGCAUUUAGGAUUUUAUAAAGAAGUAUACACGCCAACUAAAAGGGGAUUCGAUUCAUUUUACGGUUAUUGGCAAGGUCAUCAAGACUAUUUUUCUCAUUAUGCUGAAGAAACUUUCGGUCCUUUCAUUGGGUACGAUAUGAGAAAUGAUUUAAAAACAGAUUGGAAAACCGAGGGUCAAUACUCGACUGAUGUUUUCACUGGCAAAGCAGUCGAUUUGAUUGAAAAACACAACGCAGAAAAACCUCUUUUCUUAUAUUUAUCUCAAAUUGCUCCCCAUGCUGGAGCUAAGAAUGAUCCUUUACAGGCUCCAGAAGAAGAAAUCAAAAAAUUCAGUCAUAUACCAAAUCUUGAAAAAAGAAAAUAUGCUGCGAUGGUGUCCAAACUUGACGAAUCAGUGGGAAAAGUUGUAAAAGCGUUGAAAAAUAAAAACAUGCUGGAAAAUUCUGUAAUACUUUUCAUGUCUGAUAACGGAGCUCCAACUGUUGGAAUUUACGCAACAACUGGUUCAAAUUAUCCUUUCAGAGGGAUCAAAUCUACUGAAUGGGAAGGUGGUACCAGAGUUCCAGCCAUCGUUUGGAGUCCUCUUUUUACCAGACAACAGAGAGUAUCCAACAUGAUGAUGCAUAUGGUUGAUAUUUUACCUACUUUAUGCAAAGCAGCAGGAUUGAAUUUAGAAGACGUUGGCGAAAUCGACGGUAAAAAUAUGUGGGAAAAUCUUGUGAACGGAAGCGAGGAGUCUCCUAGGACUGAAUUUGUCUACAAUAUUGAUCCAGCACAUGAAAGUAACGCUUACGGUGCCAUUCGUCUGGGUGAUUGGAAAUAUAUCCAAGGAACCAAAAAUACCACCGGACCGGAAAACGACUGGUAUAACAUAUUCAAUUUAGAAGCUGUGUUCGAUGAUACAUUCUACGAUACCGCUGACAUAAUAAAUUCAUCGGUGGCUAAAGCUAUAUCAACACUGACACUACCACUACACAACACCGAUUACGAUCACAAACACAUAGAUAUACGUCGUAUAGACUUGAGUAACGAAGUAGACAAAGAAUUAGAAUCCAAUAUUGAUGAAAUUCUCACACCGGAGAAGAUCCUCAGCUUACGAGAAGAAGCACGAAUCGACUGCUCCAGAGCACUGCAUCGACCACCUUGUAUGCUAAAUGAGGCACCGUGUUUGAUAAAUUUACUAGAAGAUCCCUGCGAGAGGUACAAUUUGGCCGAUGAGAAUCCACUACAGAUGGAAAUAAUGCGCGAAUUAUUCGAGAAAUAUCGUCAAGAGGUGAUACCUCCGAUGAAUAAACCCAGAGAUGAAGAUGCUGAUCCGACAAAUUAUAACGGUGUCUGGGUGAAUUGGGGUGAUCGUCAAAGUAGUACAUUCCCAUUCUACAGACGUAUCACUCGUCGAGCAAAACAACUCAGAAAACGGCUUUCCUCUACGAUGCAAUGUAUGAGAUCUUGUGUAUCAUAAAAUACCAACUUCAGGGCGAAAUGAUGACUUAAAAUAAUGCAUUUUGAAUCAAUCCGACACUUAUUGGUACAGGUACACACUGCGAAUCGGAGAAAGAAAAAUGCACAAUGCUAGAAUAACUUUCAAUCACCAUCGCGAUUCAUUAAUUAGCAACACACGCGAACGCAAGCGAAUAGAUAAUUAAUUAAUUAAUUAAAUUAAUCAAAAAAUGUCGAAUUGUCCAAGAAAAAGCGCGACACUUCAAGUUCAAAAAUUUCAAAUUUCUUCCAUCGAUUAUCAAAAACAAAAACUCGAACGACAUCGAUCAUCCAGAUCGAUGAAUGAUUCGAUUAAGAUUCGAUGUUCAAUUCACUAAUUUACUUUUCUACCGCAAGGAGCGUUUUAGUGAUUGAAUCUUUUUUCAGAAUUUUUGAAAAAUUUCAAAAAUUUGUAAUGAAUUAAUUUUAAAUUACCUACCUAUUUGAAUAAAAAUUUCAUCACAGACUGUA